AUGCGUCUCUUUCGACCGGCAUCCAAAACCCAUCCUUCUUCUUCGAUUAUAUCGACCCGUACGAUAAACUGCAUACUACUUUCUGUUUUGAUUUUCUUGGUCUACUUUCUCGCCUCGCUCUCGGUAUCAAGGCUUCAAUCUAAAGACACUAUUAAUGCCUACUUCUCAUCCUCUCAAGAUCAAUCUCAGAGCCUAACAAAGAUCCAUCACAUCGUCUUCGGGAUCGGCUCGAGCACGAACUCAUGGCCUUCGCGUAAGGAAUAUGUUAAGCUUUGGUGGGAUAGUCAGAGAAUGAGAGGAUGUGUGUUUGUUGACCGUCCCUUAUCCUCUUUGGAGAACCACACAGAUUCUCAUCUCCUUCCUCCGGUUUGUGUUUCCGAAGAUACUUCACGAUUCAGGUACACUUGGAGAGGCGGUGACAGGAACGCGAUCCGUAUUGCGCGGUCCGUUUUAGAAACCGUUCGGCUAUUCAACGACUCCUCAGAAGAAGUAAGAUGGUACGUAUUCGGAGACGACGACACAAUAUUCAUCCCGGAAAACCUAGCUCGAACUCUAUCGAAAUACGACCACACAUCAUGGUAUUACAUAGGAUCAAACUCAGAGAUUUAUCAUCAGAACUCGCUGUUCGCGCAUGACAUGGCGUUUGGCGGUGGAGGGUUCGCUUUAAGCAGCUCAUUGGCUAAUGUUUUGGCUAAUAAGUUCGAUUCUUGUAUCGAACGGUAUCCACAUUUGUACGGAGGAGACUCUAGGGUUCAUGCUUGUGUGCUUGAGCUUGGAGUUGGAUUGUCUCUUGAGCCUGGCUUCCAUCAGUUUGAUGUGAGAGGAAAUGCAUUGGGAAUAUUGACGUCACACUCAACGAGACCAUUGGUGUCCCUACACCACAUGGCCCACCUUGACCCACUUUUCCCAAACUCAACCACUUUCACCGCCAUCCGCCACCUCUUCUCCGCCGUAAAUCACGACCCUCUCCGUAUAUUUCAACUCUCCGUUUGCUACGACCGGUGGUAUUCUUGGACUAUUUCCGUUUCUUGGGGCUACACUGUUCAGAUUGAGAGCAGGCAUUUGUUUCUAAGGGAUGUUGUGAGAACACAACAGACGUUUCGACCAUGGCAUAAAUCUGGCGGGUUGUCGAGUGUUUACACAUUCAACACAAGAGAGAUUCAUCGUGAUCCUUGCCAAAGACCUGUCACUUUCUUCAUGGAACACGUUUCUUCUCGUCACGAUAGUGGAACCAUUAAAAGUGUUUAUAAGCAAGAUUACGAGAAUUGCACGUACGAUCCCAUUUCAUCGCCUCGGAAAAUCGAAGAGAUCAGAGUGUUUUCAAGAAGAUUCGAUCCCGUUAUCAGACAAUUGAAGGCUCCCAGAAGACAGUGUUGUGAUAUUUUACCUACUUCUUCCUCUGCUGGAAAUAUCAUGGAAAUAGGAAUUCGAGAGUGCAAAGAGGAUGAGCUCAUCUAUAUACAUACCUAG